UUGGCGUUGUGACGUCAUUCAGCGGCGCCGGCUGUGUUGAACUUUUGCUGUGUAAUCUGAACGAACAGACUGUGGAGCGCCGGAGAUUUAAAGAUUAACAUUUAAUAUAUAGGCUUUAUCGCAGAAUGGAGUAUCUAAUUGGUAUUCAAGGACCCGAUUUUGUCCUCGUCGCGGCCGACAAUGUCGCAGCGAGCAGCAUUAUCCAGAUGAAGCACGACUAUGACAAGAUGUUUAAACUGAGCGACAAGAUUCUGCUCCUGUGUGUUGGAGAGGCUGGUGACACAGUCCAGUUUGCUGAGUACAUCCAAAAAAAUGUCCAGCUGUACAAAAUGAGAAAUGGCUAUGACCUCAGUCCUGCAGCUGCAGCAAACUUCACACGAAAGAACCUUGCAGACUACUUAAGGAGCAGGACCCCGUAUCACGUGAACCUGCUGCUGGCGGGCCACGAUGACAAAGAUGGACCAGGUCUCUACUACAUGGACUACCUGUCUUCUCUGGCCAAAGCUCCGUUCGCUGCCCACGGCUACGGCGCCUUCCUCACUCUGUCCAUCCUCGACCGCUACUACAAGCCAGAUUUGACCCGAGAUGAUGCUAGGGAUUUGCUAAAGAAGUGCAUUGAAGAACUGAACCGGCGCUUCAUCCUCAACCUUGCCUCCUUCAACGUCCGUCUGAUUGACAAGGACGGCGUCCACGACCUGGAGAAACUGACUGUGGGCACCAAGUGACCUCGCUGUCCGUCUCUCCCUUUUUCUAUUGUUGACCGCUGUGUUUCUUAUGUUCCAAUAAAAUAAGUCCCACACUCACA